UGUCAAAUGAAGGCCACCAGCUCUGGUUUGUAGUUUCUGGCCAAAUGUUUCUUUUUCCUGAUACUGGUGAUGGAAAACCGAAGCAGAAUCAGUGACCUGCUUCAAAGUGUCCUUGACAACCUUCUUCAGGAAGACUUCAAAAGAUUUAAAGACAAACUAUCACAUUCUGACUUUGAGGGGAAAGGUACCAUCCCCCGAGGUUGGCUGGAGAAUGCCGACAGGACAGAUACGAAGAACCUCUUGAUGGAAUUCUAUGGUGGAGACACUGCAGUAAAUGUAACCAUAGAGGUUUUCACUCAGAUCGACCUCCGAGAUUCUGCUGCAAAACUCAGAGAAGAAAGAGAGAAGGAUUUGCAUUUGAAUCAAAAACAGUCAGAGGCUUCAGCAGAAGAUUUCAGGGUGAAGUACAGAGAAUAUGUACAAAAAAAGUAUCAAGUAAUAAAAGACAGGAAUGCUCGUCUUGGUGAGAAUGUGAAGCUAAACAGCAGAUACACAAAGCUGAUUAUUGUUAACAGUCAUGGUUAUGGAAAAAACCGAGAACAUGAAAUAAUAGCCACGGGUUGGAAACAUACAGAAGCCAUGACCGAGCGAGCUAGUUCUGUGAUUACCAUGGGUACUUUAUUUAAACCUGACAAAGAUGGACAAACACCACAGAUUGUUGUACUGGUGGGAGCUGCAGGGAUUGGAAAAACAGUUACUUCAAAAAAGAUCAUGUUGGACUGGGCAGCUGGGGAACUUUAUAAGGAAAUGUUUGAUUAUGUCUUCUACAUAAAUUGUAGGGAGAUGAACCUUCUUACUAAGGAAGUAAGUGUGGCUGACAUGAUUUUAAAACAUUGCCCUAAUAAUAAGACAUCAAUUAAGCACAUUCUGGGACAACCAGAUAAACUCCUGUUCAUAAUUGAUGGAUUUGAUGAACUGAGAUUUUCCUUUGAUCAGUCAGAAGAUAACCUGUGCUCUGAGCCCUGGGAGAAAAAGCCAGUGGAAAUUUUACUGAGCAGUUUAUUUAGGAGAACAGUUCUUCCUGAAUCCUACUUGCUGAUCACUACAAGACCAGCUGCUCUGGAGAAACUGGGGAGGUGUGAACGUUACGCAGAGAUCCUGGGGUUUUCUGAAGCUGACAGGAAAGAGUAUUUCCAUAAGUUCUUUGGAAAUGAGAAACAGGCAAGACAAGCUUUUAGAUUUGUGAGAGAGAAUGAAAUUCUCUUCACCAUGUGCUUUGUCCCCAUCAUGUGUUGGAUCAUCUGCACGGUUCUGAAACAACAGCUUGAAAAAGGUGAGGAUCUUGCACAAGCUUCCAAAACAACCACCGGAAUGUAUGUGCUCUAUCUUUCCAGUUUAGUUAACCCUCCUGGCAGCAAUUCAAAGCCAUGUAAGAAAGCUAGCUUGAGGGGACUUUGCUCUUUGGCUGCUGAUGGAAUCUGGAAGCAAAAGAUACUGUUUGAGGAAGAAGAAAUCAAGAUAUUGGGCUUAGAUCAGGCAGAUGCUCUCCCUCUUUUUUUGAACGAAAACAUUUUUCAAAAGGAUAUUGACACUGAAUGUCUCUACAGCUUCAUUCACUUAAGCUUUCAGGAGUUUUUUGCAGCCCUGUUUUAUGUGCUGGAGGAAGAUGAAACAAUGGAAGAUUCAGGGACUCCCAAGAAAGAUGUGAAAACAUUAUUAGAAAACUAUGGAAACUCUAGAAAUUACUUAAUGUUAACAGUGCGAUUCCUGUAUGGUCUCUUAAAUGAAAAAAGUAUCAAGGACAUGGAGGAAAAAUUUGGGUGUAAAAUUUCACCUAAAAUUAAGUCAGAUUUAAUUAAGUGGAUUCAAACAUAUAAACAAACAGUGCUAUCUGUGCCAUCUGUGUAUGAUAAAAUCAUUUUUCAGCUUGAGGACUUUCGCUGUUUGUAUGAGAUCCAAGAUGAAAAUUUUAUGAAAAAUGCAUUGGAGCCUUUCACUAAAAUAGUGAUAUGUCAAAAUAAACUUACUCCAAUGGAUCAAAUAGUUCUUUCAUUUUGUGUAAACAAUUGCCAUAGACUGGUGUCUCUUGAGAUGUAUGCCUGCACAUUCAGAUUUGAAGACUGUAAGAAAGAAGCACCACAAAGACAUGAAGAAUUAGAUCAGGAACAACAUCAGGAUGAGUGGAAGCAUUCACGUGUUUUCCUGCUCUGUCAAGCACUGAAGGAUCCAAACUGUAAAUUAAAGAAACUAUGCCUGAGGUCUUGCAAACUCACAGCCAAUUGUUGUGGGGACCUCUCCUCUGUUCUCAGCACUAACCAGUUCCUGACAGACCUGGACCUGACUGCUAAUGAAGUGAGAGAUACAGGAGUGCAGCUCCUGUGUGAGGGACUGAAACAUCAAAACUGCAAACUGCAGAGACUGAGCUUGACGAGCUGCAAAGUCUCAGAUGAUGCCUGUACAGAUCUUGCUGCUGCUCUCAGAACCAGCCAGAGCCUGACCGAGCUGGAUCUGAGUUUUAAUCAUUAUCUGAGAGAUCCCGGAGUGCAGUUGUUGUGUGAGGGACUGAUGCAUCCAACCUGCAAAUUACAGAGUCUGAAGUUAAAUUAUUGCUAUAUCACACACGUUAGCUGUAAGGAUCUUGCUGCUGUUCUCAAAACCAGCCAGAGACUGAUAGAGCUGGACGUGGGCACUAAUGAACUGGAAGAAGCUGGAGUGCAGCUUCUCUGUGAGGCACUGAAACAUCCAAACUGCAGACUGCAGAGACUAGGGUUGAGGUUGUGCAGACUCACGGCUGCUUGUUGUGGGGAUCUCUCCUCUGCUCUUAGCACCAGCCAGACCCUGGUAGAGCUGAACCUCCAGGAUAACAGACUGGAAGAUUCCGGGGUGCAGCUGCUGUGUGAGGCACUGAAACAUCCAAACUGCAAACUGCAGAAAAUAAAGUUGCGGGAUUGCCAUCUCACAGCUGCUUGUUGUGGGGACCUCUCCUCUGUUCUUAGCACCAGCCAGACCCUGUCUGAGCUGAACCUGAAACAAAAUAAACUGGAGGAUUCAGGAGUGCAGCUAUUGUGUGAGGGACUGAAACAUCCACACUGCAAACUGCAGAAACUAAAAUUGGCGAAUUGUGAUCUCACAGCUGCUUGUUGUGGGGAUCUCUCCUCUGCUCUUAGCACCAGACAGAUCCUGACAGAGUUGGACCUGAGGAACAACAAACUGGAAGAUUCAGGAAUGAGGCUGCUGUGUGAGGGACUGAAACAUCCAAACUGCAAACUGCAGAAUCUAAGAUUGAGUCGUUGUGAUUUCACAGUUGCUUGUUGUGGGGAGCUCUUCUCUGCUCUUGGUUCAAACCGGGCCCUGAGAGAACUGGACGUAUGUAUGAACGAACUGGAAGAUUCAGGGGUGAAGCAGUUGUGCGAAGGACUGAAACAUCGAAACUGCAAACUGCAGAAAUUGUGCUUGUCUAUCAAUCAUAUAAAUGAAAAUACAACAAAGGAUUUGAAAGUUUUGCAGAAGAAAAAACCUGAUCUGUUGAUACUGCAUGAUAGAGAAAUCAACUAUUGGACCCUUAAUACACAGACAAGCAGGCCUGUGUUUCCUCUACAUCCGCACCAUACAUUCAUUUGUAAAUUGUCUUGUAGUGCAGCAAUGAUGUGGAAUAUUUUUGAGAGUCACUGGCUGUUUUCUGGACUUGUUCUGCUGUUAAGCAUUGUUGUAUACUGUUUUCUCUGGUUGAUGACUAUAUAAGUGUCUGAAAUCCAAGGUUUUGUGCAAGGUUCACUGAUCCUCCUGUUCCUCCCUGAAAGGAACCUUUAUCAUGCAAGAUGUUUGAAGUGGGAAUUGAAAUAUGUCUGACUUCCCUUUAAAGCCAGAAUAUCAAAACACCUUGCCUGGGUAAUGUGAGCAUAUUGCUGCAGGAUGUACAUCCAGAGAGGUCCCACCACCAGGGGAGGGUUGAAUGUACUGGUACUAACUGGGUUUUCCAGAGACCAACAGACAAGGAAAGGGCUUUUGGCAUCCCAAGGCCGAGGGCCUUCUUUUGAUCCAGCAAACAGACAGAGCCUUCAGCCUAAGGGGCCCCAAUCCUUGGGCUUACUAGGACCCGAUAAGACUGAGGGUGACCUCUGGUAAGCUUUUAGCAUGUGUAUAGGAACUGGUAUUGUUUUGUAUAUGUUUCCUCUGUAAUGUUUUGGAUAUGUUGUUGUAGCUCCUUGAGAAAGAUUAACCACAAGUGCUGGAUUCCAGGCAGACCUGCUGGGGAAAUCACAGUGAAGUGCAGCCUUAACAGCAAGCCACAACCUCCCUUUGAGAGAGAGACACAAGUCUCUGCCAGGGGAGGUGAUGGCUGGGAGCCUGAACCUUAAGGGGGAGCUCUCGAGGAAGACCAGGAUGGGGAUCAAAGCUGCAGUUAUUGCUGAACCUGGGACAUACCUUAUUCACAGAAACGAAGUUACCUACGUCAUCUUCAGUUCCUGGGUCUGUUUGUUGCACAAGUGCCAAUAUCAUGGGGCCAUGCACACUCUUGAUGCUGCUCCAUACUGGCAUUGGGAGUGUAACGAGCACAGCACAAUGCUGUUCAUGCAGGUUUUGCAAUAUUAGCAAGUUGUUGUUGACAACUGUGACAUGUUUCUCUUUUCAAGUCUCUGCUUCUUUCGAAAGACAGGAAUGAAUCCUUCAGGCACCUGGGCAGGCUGCAGAUCUGCACAUUUCUGAAUCUCAAAACUUGUACCUAACUGUACAAGUUUAUUGUAUUGUGGCAGGAAUCUGUGAUGUGGUCGUCCCAUCUUAAAAAAGAUAUAUUGGAAUUGGAAAAGGUUCAGAAAAGGGCAAUAAAAAUUAUUAGGGGUAUGGAACAGCUUCUGUAUGAGGAGAGAUUAGUAAGACUAGGACUUUUCAGCUUGGAAAA